AUGGCCAGCCUUAAAGCUUCAAGCUUGAUGUUCUCAUCGACUUCAUCGUCUUCAUGUUGUCGGAGAGAGAUUAUCAGAGCUGCCGUCCAUAUGCCGAAGCUCCGCCAUGGAGGUCUACUUUCUCUUCCCAACCUCACCAAAACUAGAGGUUUGGUGGAAGAGUUAGAAAUGAGAAGUGGUUACACAAAUGCAAACACUAACUCUUCUCCUAAAUAUGAUACUAGGGUUUCUGAUCCUACGGUGAUAGCAAAGCUUUAUGCGAUCAUGGAGGCUAUCGUGGAUAGAGUGGAGAUGCAUAAAAAUAUUGGAGAGCAAAGAAACAACUGGAAUAGCCUUCUUUUAACCUCCAUUAAUGCAAUCACUCUUACAGCCGCUACAAUGGCAGGCAUUGCAGCCACCGGUGUAGGCGGUGGCGCUGCCCUUGGGUCCCUUAAGCUCUCUUCCACUUUGUUAUAUUUGGCGGCUAGUGGGAUGUUAUUAAUCAUGAACAAGAUUCAACCAUCUCAACUCACCGAAGAGCAACGAAACGCUUCUAGGUUGUUUAAGCAACUCCACGCAGAAAUUCACACGAUGGUGUGCAUUGGGAAUCCAACCAUGAAUGAUGUGAAGAAGGCAAUGGAAAAGAGCCUGCCGUCUGGUGGCCUCUGCAUCAAGAGAAGAGACAAGCGAAAGAAUAUAAUGGGAGAAAAGAUUAAUAAUGGGAAUGGUUGGGACGAUAAGUUGGAAGAGGAAAUGAGAGAGAUAGUUAGGGUUUUGAAGAGGAAAGACGAGGAAGACUACUUGAGGUUAGGUGAAAUUUUCUUGAAAUUGAACAAGGUGUUAGCCAUUUCCGGCCCUUUACUAACUGGCCUGGCAGCCAUUGGCUCGGCUUUCGUGGGAAGCCCUGGCCAUGGCUCAUGGGCUGUGGUGCUUGGAGUUGUUGGUGGCGCUUUGUCAACUGUCGUGAAUGCAUUCGAGCAUGGCGGGCAAGUUGGAAUGGUGUUUGAGAUGUACCGAAGCAAUGCUGGUUUCUUUAAGCUCAUGGAAGAGUCUAUUGAAUCAAAUUUGGAGGAAGAAGAAGUGGAGAGGAGAGAGAAUGGGGAGAUGUUUGAAAUGAAGGUCGCUUUGCAGCUUGGAAGGAGCUUAUUAGAGUUAAAAGACCUUGCAGCUUCUUCUUCAAUUAAAGGAGAGGCCAUGCAACAGUUUGCAAGCAAGCUUUUCUAA